AUGACGUCAAUUAUAAAGAACCAGUUAGUCAAGCAUCUGUCAAAAUUUACCAAAAACCUGAAACCGGAGCAAAUAUCGUUGGAUGUAUUGAAAGGAAACAGCAAACUUCAGUUUAUCGAGAUAAACGAGGACGUUUUGACAGAGAUUUUGGAGCUUCCAUCAUGGCUGAAAAUCAAAAAAGCUUACUGCACAGGCGUUGCUGUGAACGUUCCGUGGACAAAACUGAAGACGUGUCCGAUUCAGAUUUUCAUCGACGAAAUCAACGUCGAUGUGGAGCUGACCAAUGAGAAGAAGAAAGCGCCAAAAUCGAAUCCGCUUGGAAAUUUGGGCGACAGCACAUCGUACGGCUUCAUAAACAAAAUCGUUGAGAACAUGUCAUUGUACAUCAGUUCGGUUGAAAUAAAUUUUGAUUCGGAUGUCUUCGGAGGAUCAUUCAUGCUUCAACGCCUGUCAGUGGAAAGCAGAAGUCCAGGAUGGGCUCAAGUGAAGGAUCUCCGUCAGACUAGAAUCACAUGCUCGACUUCGAAUCGAACUUUGAUGUUCAAGCAGCUCUCCUGGCACCUUCUACGCAUCGAAGCUUCAGCGAAAACAUCGAAAAAUGAGCAGAGAUCCAAAAUCAAUGCUCCGCUCAGACUCAUUACAAGCGGAGGAAAAAUUCGAAUUGCACUGAAGAAGAAUGCUACGGACGGCUCCGUGAUUCAUGCUAGAAUUCAAACGAUCCUCGAUGACAUUCUCUGGGUUGCCACACUUCCACAACUUCGUUCUGCAAUUUCAUUCGCCAGCUACAUUGCUGAUCUCGUCAAGGAGUCGCAGAAAAAUAAUGUGAUAUCUACCGCCCAUGCCAGUGAUAAUCCAUUCAUCAAAGAAGCCGACAAAUCUUCAGAUGCCAAAACCACAACAUCAGCUUACAACAUUUUCCACUUUGAUCAGACUUCAUAUCAUCUUCAUGUUAAAAAAAUCGAUCUUCAUUUAUGCGAUGAUGCUCAUACUGCCAGUGGUAAGUUCAAAAAAUUGUUUGACGUCUUACAAUGGUCCGGUUCAGAUUAUCCACCAGAUUGGGACAUUGAUAGUGGUGCUAUGCAAGUGACACUUCAUCAGGUGCUCAUUGAUGUCUACCCUAAAGCCCAUGCACAAUCUGAUCGAUCCACUUGGAUGAGAUACCCGAAUCCUAAUCCAAUUGUUACGUGGUUCAAUAGUCAUCUGAACGAGCAGUUUAUGCUUUUAGGGAAUGUUGAAGAUGAAACCACAAAACAACGUCUCGAAAGAUGUUGGCCCCAACUCAUCGGAUUCUUCGUUGUCCUUCGCGUGCACGACUUGACGGUCCAAUGUGUGUCUGACAUGAACACCAAAAAAGAUGCUCUAACUAAUUUGUUCGAAAGCGAGAGACACCUUCAUUCUCUUCCAUCUGACCAGCAAAUUGUUCAUGUCGAAUUCGGAACUUUCUAUCAUCCACAUUCGGAUAAGCUGCCAGUUCCCAACUCGGCGGUGUACUUCCAGUUGGGACCAUUCACAGUGUCGUUUGAUGAGCGAACUACUAGAUGGUGCUGCUAUGUUGUACAUGCUCUGUCGUCAGCUAUUGUGAGAAAUUUACUUAGUGAAGAAGAUGGAAAUUUGAUUCCGGAGAAAGACUUGGAUGUUCGACCUCCUACUAUUAAAAUCAGUCUUCUAAUGCCAAGGCUUGUUCUGAACCUCCCAGGGCCAUUCACAGAUUUCAACUUCCCACAAAGACUUGUCGCAUCAAUGUCAUCCCUUUCAAUUUCUUCCAGCCCAUAUGACUUCAAGGAUCACAAGAAGUUCAUCAGUCUCUAUCGGAAAAAGAAGGAAUAUCCUGAAAUCAAACAGAGAUUGUCUUCUGGGAAAAACAGAUUCCAUCUGAGCACUUCGCCGGUUUGGAUUGAAAUUGAUCAUGGACCACAAACCAAGGGAUUCCCAUUUUUGCACGAUGUGUCUUUCAAUGGAAUUGUCGCUAUCGAUAAAGAUCAAGUUGAUGUUCUGGUUGAACCUGUGGAAGAUAUCUCUAUCGUUGUUGACCAUUAUCAAUUCUUGCAAUUGACUCGUCUUGGAGACAAAUUCACGCAAUUCUUCGACCAGCUCACUUUGGACAUGAAACACUACAACAUGGGGAAACCAAAAUCCAACGUGCGAGUUGAUUUCCUUUCUGCAAUUGCCAGAAUCCGUCUCUACAUUGUGCUGACGAUGGGAGAGAUUCCGUCUCCAUAUGAUCAGUCAGCGAUGAACAACUUCAAUCAUAGUUUUAUGGAUCGCCUUUCAGGUAGGUCAAUUUUUUAUUAG